AUGACGGCGCCUUGGGUCACUUUCGCCCUGCUUUGGGGAUCGCUUUGCGCAGGCCCAGGGCGUGGGGAGGUUGAGACCAGGGAAUGCAUCUAUUACAAUGCCAACUGGGAACUGGAGAAGACAAACCAGAGUGGUCUGGAACGUUGUGAGGGGGAGAAGGACAAGCGCCUUCAUUGCUACGCCUCAUGGAGGAAUAGCUCUGGCACCAUUGAGCUUGUGAAGAAGGGUUGCUGGCUGGAUGACUUCAAUUGCUAUGAUAGGCAGGAAUGUGUAGCCACCGAAGAGAACCCGCAGGUCUUCUUCUGUUGCUGUGAAGGGAACUUCUGCAAUGAAAAGUUCACACACUUACCUGAGGUCACCAACCCUGAAGUUACCUAUGAGCCACCCUCGACUGUCCCUCUGCUCACAGUGCUGGCAUAUGCCCUGCUGCCCGUUGGGGGCCUCUCUCUGGCCAUUGUCAUUGCUUUCUGGAUGUACAGGCACCGAAAGCCUCCCUAUGGUCAUGUGGACGUCAAUGAGGACCCGGGUCCUCCACCUCCUUCACCGCUUGUUGGCCUGAAGCCAUUGCAACUGCUGGAGAUCAAGGCCCGGGGACGUUUUGGCUGUGUCUGGAAGGCUCAGCUUAUGAAUGACUAUGUAGCAGUGAAGAUUUUUCCAUUACAGGACAAACAGUCCUGGCAGAGUGAACGGGACAUCUUCAGCACACCAGGCAUGAAACAUGAAAAUCUGCUCCAGUUCAUUGCAGCGGAAAAGAGAGGUUCCAAUCUGGAGGUGGAGCUAUGGCUCAUCACAGCCUUCCAUGACAAGGGUUCUCUCACAGAUUACUUAAAAGGGAACAUCGUUACUUGGAAUGAACUGUGUCAUGUAGCUGAGACCAUGUCCCGAGGUCUGUCCUAUCUGCAUGAGGAUGUGCCCUGGUGCCGAGGAGAGGGGCACAAGCCGGCCAUUGCCCAUAGGGAUUUCAAGAGCAAGAAUGUCUUACUGAAGAGUGACCUCACAGCUGUCCUGGCUGACUUUGGACUGGCUGUGCGGUUUGAACCAGGAAAACCUCCAGGGGACACCCAUGGGCAGGUAGGAACCAGGCGGUACAUGGCCCCCGAGGUGCUGGAGGGAGCGAUCAACUUCCAGAGAGAUGCUUUCCUAAGGAUUGAUAUGUACGCAAUGGGGCUGGUCCUGUGGGAGCUGGUGUCUAGAUGCACGGCUGUGGAUGGGCCUGUGGAUGAGUACAUGUUACCUUUUGAGGAGGAGAUUGGUCAACAUCCAUCCCUGGAGGACCUGCAGGAGGUGGUGGUGCAUAAGAAGAUGCGCCCUGCCUUCAAGGAUCACUGGUUGAAGCAUCCUGGGUUGGCACAGCUUUGUGUGACGAUCGAGGAGUGUUGGGACCAUGAUGCCGAGGCCAGACUCUCUGCAGGCUGUGUGGAGGAACGUGUGUCCUUGAUCCGCAAAUCUGUCAAUGGCACUACCUCGGACUGCCUCGUCUCCCUCGUGACGUCUGUCACCAAUGUGGACUUGCCCCCCAAAGAGUCGAGUAUCUAAGUCCUGGGUCCUGUUUGUCUUUCCAGACUCAGUGAAUUUGAAGAAGAAGAAAAAAGUUAAAAACAACAAAAAAAACGAUAAAAGAACCAUAAAACCAACGAACACAUGAAUGCAGCUGCUAUUUUAUCUUGACCUUUUUAUU